CACAGAGGACAUAUGAGAAGAGGAGACCGCAGAGGAAUCAAACCAGCGACCCCCAGGUGCUCAGGAUGGCUCAGCAGCUGCCACAUGAAGAAGGGACCAUGUUAAUUCAUCCACAAAAAGAUGCAUCAGGAGCAAGAAGGUCAACGACGUCUGCCACCUUCAAUUUCAUCAAUUCCAUAAUCGGAUCAGGAAUCAUAGGUUUACCGUAUGCACUGAACCAGGCAGGGCUCCCCUUGGGCCUCCUGCUGCUGGUCACUGUUGCGUUGAUCACAGAUUAUUCCAUCGUCUUGUUGAUCAGAGGAGGGAACCUGUCGGGGACAAACAGUUAUCAGUCACUGGUGCAGAGCACAUUCGGUUUCCCUGGGUUUCUGAUUGUAUCUGCGCUGCAGUUCCUUUAUCCUUUCAUCGCUAUGGUUAGUUACAACAUCACAACUGGUGACACAAUGACCAAAGUAUUUCAGAGAAUACCAGGAGUGGGUCCAGGUCACAUGCUCGCCGAGCGUCACUUUGUGAUCUUGCUGUCAACGCUGGCGUUCACGCUGCCUCUCUCACUUUAUCGAAACAUAGAGAAACUGGGGAAGGUGUCCUUCCUGUCAAUGGUGCUGACACUGACCAUCCUCAUCGUCGUCAUCAUCCGAGCAGCCACCUUGGGACCCCAAAUCCUCCCUACAGAGAACGCAUGGGCAUUUGCAAAGUGGAAUGCAAUUCAGGCAGUUGGUGUUAUGUCUUUUGCCUUCAUAUGCCACCACAACAGCUUCCUCAUCUAUGGCUCCCUGGAGCAGCCCUCUCUAGCUAACUGGUCUCAAGUCACCCACGUCUCAGUCGGUUCUGCGCUGGUAAUCAGUGCUGCGUUUGCUGUCGCUGGCUACACCACCUUCACCGGCUUCACACAAGGAGACAUAUUUGAGAACUACUGCGGAGAGGAUAACCUGGCGACAUUUGGUCGCUUCUGCUUUGGCUUCAGUAUAAUAACCACUUUUCCACUGGAGUGUUUUGUGACGCGAGAGGUGUUGUCCAAUGUCUUUUUCAGUCGGGACCUUUCAAAAGUUGAACACGUGGUCAUAACCACGCUCAUAGUUGCCGUUUGCACGUCGAUAUCUUUGGCCUACGACUGUCUCGGAGUUGUUCUGGAGCUGAAUGGUGCUCUGAGCGCCACACCCCUGAUCUUCAUCAUCCCGUGGGCGUGCAUCCUCAAACUCUCCCCUGGCCGCUGGUACCAGGGUGAAAACCUGAUCGCCACCAUCUUGAUAAUAGCCGGCUUAUUCGUCGUGAUCACCGGGUUGACCAUGACCGGCCUCAACCCACAAGACUGUUCCCACGGCGCGGACAUGUUCUACUGUAUGGACGCCAACAUGUCUGUCACUGCUCCACCUGUAUGACAUGUCCUCCGAUGAAUUUGGGCUUUCUUACCAUGAAGGGAAAUCUUAAUGCUACAGAUUGCGGCUAUAUUUUCGGCCACCUUGUGCUUCCAAUGUUGUGGCAGCAGUCUGUAUUAUGAAGUGAUUACUUUCCCACACAGAUCCUUGACCUCAAGCACAAUCAAACACCUUUGAGUUAGGUCAUCCAUGUUGCG